CACAGUUUCAUAAAAACAAUGUUUUUCAUUGUUCUUUGCCUAGUCCUUUGAUCAGUUCAUGGGGUUGAUUUAUAAUCCAAAAAAUACAACUUUUUCAAAACAUAAAAAUAUAAAAAUUGAUUCUUUCCACAAGAACAAGAAGAACAAUAUUCCAGAACAUGGUUAAUCUUCAAGAACAUCAGCUUUCCAUUGUACAUAUCUUAUUUUAAUUAGCUCUAAUAUUUUUUGUUUAUCGAUGAGUUUAUUUGAGAUCUUAAAUUAGAUUAUUAAAUUCUUUUCUUGUUCCUUUUUCAAUUUUUCAUUAAUUAAUUCAACCUAACAAUUGUUUAUCUGAGAUAAGAUUCUAUUUUUUCUUUUCUUUCAAGUUACUUAAAAUUAGUAUUAUGAUUUACCAAUGUUAGUCCUCUUUCUAAAUUGAUUUCCAUUUUGGAUUACAUAAGAAUAUUUAGCUUUUCAAGAAUAUUGCUUAAAAUGAUUCCUGAACUUUAAUGCAGAGAGUAAUGGAUAGUAGUGCUACUAAAGUUCCCAUUGCUUGUCUAAAUUUGGAGUAUCAAAAUGCCAUGACCUUCCAUAUUCUUUGCCUUUUUGCUAUUCAAUUCUUGUUUUCAUUUGCAUACUUUGUUUUUUUGGAUUCGACAGGUCAUAAGGAGCACAAAUACAUGUAUUUUUUCAUGUUUGAUAAUUUAUGUCUUUUAGAUCGACUUUAGAAGGGGAAGGUGUUAGGCAUCUCUGGUGUUCUAUUAUAUCGGAAAUAGCACCACAUUCAUGCACUUUAGACGGGAAAAGACAAUCGAUUACUAGCUAAAAUACGAAGAGAUGUCAAGCCCCCUUAGUGAUCAAAUUCUAAAUUUCUGUGAGUCUGAAUUCUUUCCAAAUGUACAGAAUUCAGAUGUUGCUUCUAGCUCAAAUUGUUGCAGCUAUGAGGAACAAAGUUCAUAUUCAAACAAUCUUGAAAUGAACAAGUUCAAUAACACUAUUGAGAAGAAUGAAGAAACCAAUAAUAUUAGCCCUUCAAGAACCAACAACAACAACAACGACGACAACAACAAUAUUAGCAACAACAACAAUGAUUUCUCGAUAAUAUUUGAUACUCAAGAAGAUCAAAUUAACAAUGAUAUUUCUGCUUCAAUAGAGUUCACACAAGAUGCAAACUUCUCAAUCCCACACCAUUUACUUCAACCUCAACAGGACUUAUUCGACAUUAAUUCUCUCAACAAUCAACAAAUAAAAAUGAACGAUAUUUCGGAUGGAUCCUUGCAGCCUCAUCAUCAGUAUCAUCCUGAUCAACCUCCUAUAAUUCCAUUUAUGGGGCCUCCAUUAGGACAUAUCUACGACGAAGAACCUUUGUCAUCUGUACCUUCUUACAUGCGUGUUCCUACAUCUUCUUCUCCUUCUUGUCCCCUUCUUGAUCCUACACUUUCAAAUUACUUACCUUUAAACUCAAAUACCACCAUGCCUAAUGUUGAAUCUUCAGCAAUACUUGCUGCUGCUGCCAAUGCUGGAGGUGGCUUGUUUUUCGGAACAGAGUUUCCACCAGUACAAGAAUUGGAUUUUCAAGGAGAUAGUGGUAGAUUAUUCUGCCCUGAUGCCUUGCCAAGAGUUUUUAACUGUUCCAACGAGCUUCAGGCACUGAGCAAUGAGAGUCAACAUUUGGUUAGUGCUACUGGAUGUUCUAACCCUUUGGUAUCAGACAUAACAAGUUUGGAAGAUACUACCUACAACAAACCUGUCAAGUGCACACCGGAGCAGAGGAGGGAGAAGAUUCAUAGAUACAUGAAGAAACGAAAUGAAAGGAAUUUCAGCAAGAAAAUCAAGUAUGCAUGCAGGAAAACACUAGCAGACAGUAGGCCAAGGGUGAGGGGAAGAUUUGCAAAGAAUGAUGAAUUUGGAGAGGCUAGUACUAAGACAAAUUCUUGUGGUACACAUGAAGAGGUCACAAAUGAAGAUGUAAAACUCAAUUUUACAUAUCAUCAAGAUCCUAAUAUGAUUGCUUCUUCAGGACAUGAUAAUAAUGUUAAUGUCACUCAUAAUGGUCGGAUUUUCACUUCCAAUUGCCACUCAUCUAGCAGUCCCUAUGAUAUUUGCCCGCCUCUGUACUGUACAGAUGGCCAGUUGCACUAAAGAAUUCCGCGGCUGAACAAUUUGAUCAGCACUGCAUGUGGUGGUGAAAAAACAAGAUGAACUGGUGAAGUUAUAUAGGGUAUCUUUGCAUAUGCCUAUUGGUGUAAAUAACUUCAAUAGCAACUGCUUCAUCCACCAAUCUUGGAUUUCAUCAGGCAGCUUUUUACACUUGCUUAGUUUUCCAGUAGCAAGAUCCUGUUUCAAAUUGAGUGUCCCAAUAAAGGGAAUAAUGGGGUCAUUUCAACAUUGAAGUUUAUUAAUAAUUCAAUGGAACUUCACAGUGAGGACAUGUAUAUAUAUUUUGUAAAUCUGUACUAACACAAAGUUGGCAGUAAUUAUUCAAUGAACUUCACAGUGAGGACAUGUAAAUUUUGUAAAUCUGUACUAACAUAAGUUGACACUUUGUCAAAUCUCUUGCAUUUUUAUUAUAGCUUUGAUAAGUCUGUCAACUUGAAGAAAAGUUGUGUUUGUAUCUGUUCUAGUCAUGUUAAUUAUAUAUGAACU